AUGACCAUCUCUCUAUAUUAUUUUGAUAUUCGAGGUUUGUUUUUUCAUUUUUUUUUAAUAGUGAAAAAACAUUAAUUUUUUAAGGAUUUGGUGAAUAUAUUAGACUUCUGUUGAUUGAUCAAGGUGUCACAUUUGAAGAUCAUCGUUUUGAAAGACACAGUGAAGAAUGGGAAAAGUUGAAGAAAACCAUGGUUUUCGGACAAGUUCCAUGUUUGAAAGAUGGAAAUGAGGAAUUCGUUCAAACCGGUGCAAUUAUGAGAUACCUAGCUAGAAAAUAUGGUAAGUUGUUGUUAUCCUCAAAAAAAACUCUAGUUUCGAAAUUGUAGAUCUCUAUGGAUCAAGUUCAACUGAAGCUGCCUUCAUCGACAUGGUUUUUGAGUGUGUUCGAGAUUUGCGUGCCAAAUAUGUGCGAUACAUUUAUUAUAGCGAUGAGACCAAAGAAAAUUAUGACACAGUUACUCUACCAGAGACAUUGGCAAAUUUGUCAAAACUUUUGAAUAAUUCUUCGCAGUUUGUCUCUGGAGAUAAGAUCAGCUUUGCCGAUUAUAUUCUUUUUGAAGAACUUGAUGUGGCAAACACAACUGCGCCUGGAUCAUUGGACAAAUUCGAAAACUUGAAACAACUUCACGCUAACAUGUCUGCUAGACCAAAUCUAAAAAAGUAUCUUUCAAGCCGAACCGCAAAAAUCAACGCUAUUGAUCGUCAAUAA